AUGCUUGUAUCUCCAUACCAGGCAUUCCUGGGCAAUGCGAUUGCCGUGACUUUGCAUUACCUGGGCGUGGGCCCUGGAGCGUGUCUGUGGGCAUACACAGUCAUCUGCGUUUCACUGACUCGACUAGGCUUUAGUAUCAUCUACGAGAUCACCUCCGGCAUGGAAAAUACCAAGCACAACAACCUACACGAUGUGAUUGCAUACUACGCUCUCCCGAAGGCUAUCAUGGUAGUGAUGUGUGUAAGCAGCCUUGUACGGCUGGCUUAUCUGCUGAUUAUGAGGCGUAAGCGAGUACCCAGACGCAGUAGUAGUCUGCAUAGAAGUUACCAGAAGGAGAAGGAUCUGUGA